CGGAGCUUUUAUUUGAACCCUAUCGAAAUACCAGUCCUAUGGAAACAACCACCACCACUGAAACCCCCGCGUUUAAUAUCUGAUUUUUGAAUAAUUCUCGGCCGAAUUGUUUCCACUUAAAGUUACGCGGUACCGUGAACGCUUCGACCGUUGGUAGGCAACUGCUUAUAGUGGUGUGCCAAACAAAGGGGCGAUGAACUGACCGUCAGCGUACAACAGGUUGUUUUGAGUGAGCAAGGUCCUUUAUCGCCGCUAUGUAUAUAACAGUGAAGUUCGGUUCUAACCAGGCGCUGUUGUUUAAUCCUGCAUGUGCCGUCGUCAAUCUUUUGACGAAUAUCAAGGCGAGAUGUGGCUACGCCGACACUGACGUCAUGCUCGAUCUUUCGGACGAGACAGGAUUGGUCAAGGAACUGGACGCCCACCGCAGUGAUUACGCGGACAAACACCUGGAUGCCCUAAGAACUUAUAUAUUGGUUGAGAAGCAACACGUACCCCCCGAAGAAGACGAUGCCAAGCAUCCGAUACACUAUAAGUAUGUGCCACUACUGGAAAAAUGCGAGGACCUGCUACCUGAUUAUAAAGUACACGUGGCUAACCACCCGGGUCUGAUAAGUAAAAAUAAGAAAUCUCCGGCUCUUAAGCGGAAAAAGCCGAAGCGACCACGAACGCGCCACGAACCUUCGCCGUCGUGAUAGCUGGAGGAGUUUUCCACUGAGGGGAUAGCUGUAUAUUACGAUUUCAACUUUUGAGAAUAUAACGGAAGUUAGAAGAAAGGUUAUGGAAUAAACCAAUCUACACAUCAGACUAAUGUUCGAGUCAUCUUAGCUCAAAUAAGCUUAUUAACAACAUGUAUACUUUAACGAAGCAAAUGUGGCAACAAAUGAUUAUUUUUUGAAACUAAUAAUUUUUUUAUUUUUUAUUUAAACCGAAAUUUGUCUUUGUUCCUACCAUUUUAGAAAAAAAACUAAAAAAGUGUCUGUUUUUCCGAUGCUUCCACGUGCUCUGUGGGAAGUAAGUUUCAUACAGUACGUAUUGUUGGGGAUUCAACUAUCACCGUGACAGUCAGUUUUCAACAUCUGAGGAGAAAACAAAAUAAGAAAAUUAAACUAAGAAAGACAGUUGGUAACAUAUAUAAAUCGACUCAUCUUGUUGUUUGCGAGCCCUGGAUUGGAUGUCCCUAUUUACAUUUAACAGUUUGUCAAUUUCAUCGAGUUGACCUCGUAUGUUAAUAUAUUAAUCUGUAUAGUUCAUAAUAUUACAUUUCGCGAAAAUCAAUUUAAUCUUAAACAAAUUUCAAUAAAUCUAAUUACGUAUGAGAUACACACAUUUCAAGAGCCUCUCAUCAGCAAGUCUAUUUUAAAAUAUUAGGCGCAAAGAAAAGUCACAAAGCAUCUGUUUUGUUUUUCUUUAAACUUAGAGUCGUUAAAAUAAAAGGUCACUUUAGAUAACAACCGCGACGUUCAUUUUUCCAUGAUUACCACAAUUAUCAACUGAACGGUGUCCAGCAUUGUAGGUGGUGUAAUGUAUGUUCAAUUUAAAAGCUUUAAAGUGAAUACUAACACAUCACCACUUCUUCCAAAUACCAACAAUCGCAGCGCUAAAAAACGACCAUCAUCAUCAAAAUCCAAUCUCGUUCAAAAGUGAAAUGAAUAAAACAUUUCGUGCCGUCGCAAUGAAAACGCAAUUAAUAUGCGUAACGAUUAACGGCGCGGUAACGUAGUCGUAAUAAUGAUAUUAGAUAUAGUAAUCGUCAAUACAGUGGUAAUUAAAUAGACAUGAUGAACCCGCUGGUUGGGAACGCAGAGUAUGGCAUCGAUUUCAUUUACCGCGACCCGUAUCACUCGGUGGUACAGAGAAUGUGCUUAGUACUCGCAAUGCUAAAAUAAACGUGUUUUCAGUAUUAAUGCGUCGCAUUGAGUCGAACUUAUUUUUUUUAAAAAGCAGUUUACAGAUUCAUAAAAAUGAAUUUUGAAGUUAAUUUUGAAUGAAAUAAACAUUAUUGAGGAUUUUUGUUGCAAGGUAACUUUUUAAUAAGAAAAUGAGACCAAAUUUACACAUAUAUACAUUUCCAGUUAAACUAUUAUGUGCAACGGAAUUGCUAUUUUAGUUUUAUUAACGACAACAUCAUUGAUUUACGCAAUGUUUACAGAAAUAAAUUAACUUGGAUUUGUUUUGUUUUUUAUAUUUAAGAGCAAUAUUAAUUAUCAUUAUUUAAUUGUUUAAUAUUACACUUUGUUUGAUCGUUGUUUGAUAAGAGGUUACUGAUUUUGUUUUGUUUUUGGGCCCGAGAGUGUGAAUAAACGUACACUACAUGUGUGUUAUUGGAAUUAGCAGACAUUGUAUUAUAUGCGGCCAAACUUUUCAAAUGUUUUAUUGCUGCUUCUAAUGAAACAGAACAUGUAACUUCAUUUUUCUGAGAAUGAUCAGUUCUAGAAACGCAGAUCUUUAUUUUUGACUCACUGAUUCAGUAGCCAUGUACUUCAAUACAUUCCGUUUUAUGUACUAGUACCGUCCACUUUGUUUUGUGAUUAACAUUGAGUUAUUGAGCAAUGUAUAUAUAUGCAAUGUUAUAAUCCCUGUUUUACCUUCAUGCUACAUCUAUACACUUUGUGAUUAUGUCGUCAGAAGUGUAUAUUUUUAAUAAUCAGAAUAAAAUAAUAUUCUUAUAUUCAUUAAAAUUG